CCUUGGCCAGCCUUCUUCUACAUCCACUCUUAUUUCUGUCCCAAACACCCAGAGCUCCUUCGUUCUCUCUCAACUCCAUCACCCCGUUCCAUGGCCUCCCACUGAACGGCCGCCUAAUACUUUCGACGCUCCUUCCACGGCUUUGCCCCCACUUGAGUGUUUCGACGGCCGUACUCUUUAAUACCCCAUUUCUACCACGCCACCACAACCAUGCGGAGAGGCGUCCUCGUCUUCUUCAUCAUAAAUGUUCUUGUAAUCGGUCUCCUCGUCCGCAGCGUCUGGACGCUUCUCUCUCUCCUCGUCGUCGAUGGCUCCGAGGAUCGAAUCUCGCGCGCCGAACUGCCAGCCCCUAAUUCUGACGCCAUCAGUGAAAGACCGCAAUUGAUUCCCAAGAUCAUCCACCAGACCUACAUCAACGAGAGCAUUCCGCUGCGCUGGCAAGAGGCGCAGCAAAGCUGCAUCGACCUGCAUGAAGAUUACGAAUACAAGCUCUGGACGGACAAGAAGGCGCGCGAGUUUAUUGCCGCCGAGUACCCAUGGUUCCUGGAGACGUUUGAUGGCUACGAGUUCCCGAUUCAGCGCGCCGAUUCGAUCCGCUACUUCAUCCUGGCGCACUACGGCGGUAUCUACAUUGAUCUCGAUGAUGGAUGCCAGCGUCGCCUUGACCCGCUGCUCUCCUACCCUGCCUGGGUUCGCCGCACUGUCCCAACUGGUAUUUCAAACGACGCUAUGGGUGCCGUUCCUCGUCACCCGUUUUUCCUGCGCGUGAUCGACUCUCUUCCUAAAUACAACCGUAACUGGCUGCUUCCAUAUAUCACCGUCAUGGGCUCGACCGGUCCACUCUUCCUUAGCAUCAUUUGGAGGCAUUACAACGGUGAGGGUCCUAUCGAAGACGACAGAAUUCGCGUUCUCUUUGGAGACGAAUACAAUAACCAUCCUUGGAGCUUCUUCACGCAUCACCUUGGAAACAGCUGGCAUGGUACGGAUGUCCAGCUCAUCUUCUGGAUGGCUCGCCACUGGUUCCUUCUUACCGUUCUGGGCUUUGUCCUCGGUUUCUCUCUGAUUGGAGGCAUCUGGUGGUUCUACCGCUGCAUGUCCCACCAGAGCAGGAGGGGCGGUAUCGCACGUUUCCUCCCAUUUUCUCGCACAAUCCACCACGACGAUAUCGACUACGAGCUCGUGGCCCGGGACCACAAGGUCUGAGCGCGUCCAUUGGUCGCGCCAGAUGUUGACGUCAUAUCCACGUCCGCUUAGGCCAAUGGCCUGCGAGGGGAGGCCCAGGAACUCGCAGGCACUCGAAUUCCAACCGCUUCUUGCUUACAUUUUCUCCCCCUCCCCCUA